CUUCAUUUUCUUUAUCGCAACCAUGCAGACGCUGCGUUUGAUAUUAUUAUUCUCAUUAUGCAUCGCCGGCUCUUAUCAAAAUCCUGUCUUGAGAGGAAAAAAAAUCGAUAUCAACCUUGCGCCCUACAUGGCAGUAUUUGAAUUCAACAAUAAGCAAAUUUGCGGCGCUGCCAUAAUAUCGUCGCAGUGGCUCGUAUCGGCUGCCCAUUGUUUCAACGCCGACAGAGACAUACGACAGCACGGACGAAUAAGAGUUGGCACGUCGUCGAAGGAGACCGGUGGCACAGUUUUUAAGAUCAAAAACGUCAUCAAUCAUCCAGGUUUUAAACGUAAUAAAGUGUACGACGACAUCGCUUUGAUCGAGGUCGAAGGAAACAUCGAUUUCAACGAGAAUCAAAAUGCCAUCGCCGUGGUGAAUUCCGCAGACGUGUACAAGGUCGGCACAAAAAUGCAGAUAGUCGGCAUGGGCUGUCAGUUCUCACCCGAUAAACGACACUUCAACGAGAUCGUCGCGUCGAGCCACCUGAACAGCGCCAAAGUGGAGAUCGACGAGGACUCGGCCUGCGACGCUCUGUUCCGACACUUGAAGAUGCCGCAGAUGCGGCACGAGAUACAGUUCUGCGCCAAGAGCGCACCGUCGGGCGUCUGCAAGGGCGACUCGGGCGGGCCGGCCGUAGUCGACAAUCACCUGGUCGGCGUCAUAUCCCUGAGCUACGACUGGGGCAACGAGGACUAUCCCGACACGUACACCAAAGUUUUCCACUAUCGCGAUUGGAUAUCCCGGGAAACAAAUUUGGUCUUGUAGUAGUAGAUAGUAGUAGUGCGUAACAAUGUGCAAUAUCGAGCUGCGCGCAGCAGCAGAGCCUCGAGUGAAAACAUUGUUGUGUAAUAUAUAAAGUUCAGGCCAUCGUGUGUAUA